AGAUAACUACUUUAACUGGCUAAUUUUUAGGUAUUACUGAGAAGGCAAGCUACUUGAAAGAGUUAGGAGUCACUGCGAUAUGGAUGAACCCGAUAUUCAAGUCUCCCAUGGCAGAUUUUGGAUAUGACAUUUCAAACUACCGGAAGAUCGACCCAUUAUACGGUUCCAACAAGGAUUUGCUGGAACUCUUGCAGAAGUUACAUGAAUUGGAUAUCAAGCUCUUGUUGGAUUUGGUUCCGAAUCACUCAAGUGACGAGCACGAGUGGUUCCAGAAGUCGGUCAGAAAGGAAGAUCCGUACACCGAUUAUUACGUGUGGCAUGACGGCAAGAUAGACAACGUCACAAACCAGAGAUCCCCACCUAACAACUGGGAGAGCAUAUUCGGCGGUUCUGCUUGGACAUGGAACGGAAAGCGUCAGCAGUACUACCUGCAUCAGUUCGUAGAGAAACAGCCCGACCUCAACUAUAGGAAUCCUCACGUAGUGCGAGAGAUGGAUAAUAUUAUUCGAUACUGGCUUGACAUGGGGUUUGACGGUUUCCGCAUGGACGCUGUGCCAUUUUUGUUCGAGGACCAGCAGCUCCGGAACGAUCCAAAGUUACCAAAUGGACUCCUGGAUCCCGUCUAUACCAGGAAUCGUCCGGGAACAUUCAAACUGCUUCAGCAUUGGGCUGAUGUGGUAUUGGAAUACAUAAAAGCUGAUGGAAAAGACAGGGCCCUGUUUUUGGAGGCCUACGCUGAUCUAAAGAACACAGCAAAAUACUACGGUCGGGGUAACCGCAGCUUCAUGCAGCCUUUUAACUUCGAACUGCAGCAAUACACCAACUUCACAACCAGGGCUGUUGAACUACGAGAUAUCAUUGUUGGCUUCAUUCACGCCAUGCCAUCAAAUGUCACCGUGACAUGGGUGAUCGGAAACCACGAUAGAGCCAGGGUCUCUUCCAAAUAUGAACCGGAAAUGAUCGAUGCUCUGAACCUUCUGACGGGAGUACUGCCAGGGGUGAAGGGGGUGUACUAUGGCGAGGAGAUCGGCAUGCAGAACACUUCCAUCCGGUGGGACCAGACCAUAGACCCCAGCGGACGGCUGCUUGGACCUGACCACUACCAGGAGGGAUCCAGAGACCCGGUGAGGACUCCUAUGCAGUGGAAUGAUUCCCAAAGCGCAGGUUUCUCCAGCAACAGGACCACGUGGUUACCUGUAAACCCCAACUACUGGAGACUGAAUGUGAAAGCUCAAAGGAAAGCAGAAGCCAGCCACUUGAAGGUUUUCCAAGCAAUCACUGCCCUUAAACAAGAUCCUGUCUUACUCAGAGGUCAUCUCAAAGUCCUGGCUCCAAACAACGAUACACUAGUCGUAGUCAGAACGUUCCACGAUUCAUCGUUCGUUCUGUUGAUCAACAUGGGAAGUUACGUGACCACGUAUACGACCCAGAACCUGUUCUCAUCGUUAGGCAUGGAUAUCGACAUGACUGUGACUAUCGCCAGCCUGAACUCUGGCCUCAGUCCGGGAAUGGAAUUAAAACAGAGACGGGCUAGUGUGAGCCUGAGGCCGAAGGUGGCCGUACUCCUCAAGUCGGGACCAUCUCCACCUUGAUAUGUAUAGCGAAUUUAGGAAUUGUUCCAAGAGUUUCCCACUCUCUAAUUCAGAUACAAAUAAACCUCAAUCUCAUGA